UCGGAUUAAAUUCCAUAUUUCCACAGCUUCACAAUUCCGUCCGAACAAUCUCAGCAAGGAACCAAGCCAAAAUUUCCUAGAUUUCGACCCCGCUGUCCUUCUUGCGUUCGAACCGUACUUGCUCCCAUCAACUAAAGCAGCUUCAUGGGAAUCACCAAGCGGCCAGGAACACUUGACCAGCAAGUCCCAAUCAUUUCGACAUGUCGAAGCACAAAAAUUCUUUGUUCAAGCCUAAUCCCAGUGUUUGGGACGUAGCUCCUCCAGGCGUGAGUUUGGAACUGGCGAAAUGGUCAGCCGAUCAUUUCCAGCGACACGGCCGGCCUUUGAGACUGGCUAUCGACGCACAUUACUGGCAAGAUCACUUUGAUAAUGAUUUCAAAGUCGACUGGCUACGCAAAAACUCUCGCGAGGUUAAUGCGGUCGAGAAAACAGUCAUGUACCAGAUUAUGACCUUGCUGGAGCUGAGCAUACACCUCAUUUUCGUCUUUGAUGGCCCAGAUCGCUACAACCAGCACGAUCUUGACUCAAAACCAAGCAAGCCAGAAAGUAUAUGUUUGCUCAAAGACCUAUUGAACCAUCUAGGUGUCCCUUUUCAUCAGGCACCCGCGGAAGCAGCACCCGCAUGCGUCAAGCUCCAACAACUGGGUGUUGUCGAUUCGGUUUGGACGAACCACAGCGUGGCUCUCACAUGCGGAUGCCGCGAGAUUGUCUUGUUCAAGGAGCAGCACCGACACUGGAAGGGUGCAGGGAUAAGUGACGAGUCCGUGACCAAGCACGACGCCCUGGCUUUGCUGCAAAAGUGGGAUCUUGACCAGUCGAGCCUCGUUCUAGCGCUCCUGCUCGGAGGAUGCGAAUAUUCAAGAGGCCUUCCGGGAUGGCUCGUCUCAGUUAUAUAUGCGGGGCCGAAAGAUGUCGGUGUAAGUUCGAUAAGAAUUCCGAGUUAGACACCGCGCCGAAGAUGGUUAGAUUGCGACGAUAGGUCUCAACUACCGAAAUCAAAAGGGGAUAUAGGAGGGCAAUCUCGUGCUCAUGCUCCAAU